GGCAGAUCGAGAACUAUAUGACAUAAUAGCUACAAAGAAAGGAAGACUUUAGGAUGAAUUCUCAGACAAAGCGGAAAUAUGAAUCUGACAACCUGAAUCCCCUACCAGCGCCCGAGCCCAACUUCAUGCGUUUCACCAAACUGUCCUCUACCCCUGAUGCACUCAUGGAGAGCGAUGAAGAGUAUGAAAUACGGCCUCUGAUGAAAAGUAUGCUACAGCAAAACAUUGACGAUGAGUACUCAGAUCUCGAGGAUGAUUCAGAGGGGCCGCUGGUGCCAGCACUGACCCAAUCACCGCUUCUCAUGACUCAAAGGCCAACCCCGACGGUAAAAGUUUCGCAGUACCAGGACAGCAAAUUAUCUGCAACAUACGGUAUUGGGGCCAAAUUAUUGCGACAAAUGGGUUAUGUCCAAGGAAAAGGUCUAGGGAAAGACGGCUCCGGGAUUGUAAAGCCCAUCGAAACAAAGCUUAGACCCCAGGGUAUGGGUGUUGGGGGUAUCAAAGAGUUCAAGAACAACAUGCCAGGACAGAAAGAUCUGGAUCUGAGCGAUGAUGAGGGAGUAGCUGCAAAACCAGCUGUGAGUUUUACCAAGUUCCAGGAGAAAGAUUUGUACACAUUAAUCCAAGAGUUGGGAGCAAAAAACGUGGCCAUUCCCCUUCGCAUUAGGCAGAUCUCGGAUGAGAAUAGCUCUGAGGUUACUACGGAUAGAGAAAAGAUGCAGUUCAUGAAGCUUGUGGGGCACUCCUCCGGGAAGAGUGACCUCUCUCCAAGCUACGACAUUACUAGGCUUCGGAGUGAGUUGUCAAAGAUCAACGAUGAGUUAGCCUCAAACCAGGCAAACCGAUUGCUUUCUGUACAGUCUGCGAAAGAACUCGAGACAACGCUGGAGAAAAUGUCUUCUGUGACUAGCUUUUUGUCACACAUCACACAGAAGGUUGACGGCAUAAAAGCGCUUAUCGAUACCUCCGACCAAGAUCUCUACUCUAUAAUUGCUCUGGUUAAUACCAAACUAGGUGCCAUUAUGGAUAAAGUUAUCGGUCUUCCUGAUCUGGCGUUGCCGUUGUUAAAAGACGACGGUUUUAGCGUCGAAGCGUUGCUUGUAUCUAUCUUCGAAGUUCUUUUCCACGAUAUGAUCAAGCACGCCGCAACUACCGGCUCAUCAGACUCAAACCGUGAUCCAGCAAUAUCAUACCUUCCCUGGGACUUGACAGACCUAGAAGGUUCCUCCAGAAUACGGGAUUGUCUACUCGCUUGGAAAUUGAUGGUGGUGGAUCCGUUGGCGGCAAAAUCCCUUAUAGAAUCAUCCAAUGACCCUUUGACCCUCAACUACUUCCAAUCUAUGGUUGCCAAGCAAUGGCUUCCGAACUUUAUGCAUUUGCUUUCCGACGGGCAGCCUCUCAUCAAAGAGCCUAGCUUGAUAAUCAGCAUUUUCCUCGACUGGGAGUCCACCAUUGGCCGAGAGUUCUUUGAGGAACACGUUUUGCUUGGAGUCCUUGUACCGAAGUUUGAGUUGAUACUCCAGGAGCAAUGGAAGGUAUGCUGGAACAGUGCAUCUUUGACGCAGCCUCAUAUAUGGUUGCUAGACUGGAUCGAAAUCGUGGGCGCCCAGAAGCGAAGUAUGACGAAACUAGUUCGAAUGGUUUUUGAUAAGUACAUCUCGGCCAUGUCUGUGACGUGGUUAACUGUCGGCCAUGAAUGUCUUCCAACUGGGCUUGAUAAAUGGGCACAAGCGUUCAGAGAGAACCAGCUUAUUACCAAUAAUUGCCAGGCGGUGAAGAUUCUUACUGAACAGAUAAUUACUUAUCUCCACGGAAACUUCCGGAUUAGUUUGAAAACCCAGGAUUUAACCCCACUAUGGGCGGCGAUUGAGUUUCAGAACCUAAUUCUACAGGACAACUCGAAAUUUAAUACCAUCCUACGCCGGAUCUUCUUCCCGGAGACAGAAAGAGUCUUAUUGAGUUGGUUAAACCGCAGCAGUGUUGACCUUUAUGAAGUAUCUGUCUGGAUGGAGAUGUGGUAUGAUUGGUGGUUAGAGGAAUACUGCCGCGAUGACCCGCAGAGAGUUUCUGAGAUCCGACUGGCAUUUAGAAUCGAAUUCCAGAAACUCAACACCUUGAUGGGAGUUCACGGUGAAACCUUCCGCGAUACUGCCACCAGUCUACUUCCCCCUUCGUAUACUACCGCUGCUGCGAUAGUCCACGAAGUUUUCCUGCAAGUCGUCUACGAUAAUGUCGAUAGAGAGGUGAAUGUUGAUGGGAUUCCUACCGACUUGUUGAAGACCACGUUCAAGGAUUUGAUUGAAACCUAUUGUGCCAAUAACGAUCUUUUCUUCCAAGCUCUGAACAAGUUCCAUGAUACGUUGGGCUUGCCUAUUUUCCGGAUCUCCCGCACCGGAACUAGUAAAAACUCAGUUUGCUGCUACUGGACUGAAGACGUGUUGUGGGUUAGCCCGAAGGAUGAGUACACCCCGGUCAGCUUAGAUGACUUGGCUAGUCUUGUUCCAACCUAAUAGGACAACAGUUACACAGUAUAGAUAAUGAAUUAAAGGCACAUCUACAUUGUAUUGAAGUGUACCUUUAAUGAAAGUAAUGCAGACUACCCGUCU